GAGACGAAAUAUCCACAAUCAGUUCUUUAAAUAAACGUCGGUGCAAUUGCUGUUACUAGUGUUAGUCUUAAGGUGUGCAAAGAGCAGAACAGUUUCUCCAGUUAGAAGUUGUUGGGAACAGACAAUUUCCAGUUUAGAGCAGAAUGGGAGAGAAGUAUGGAAACUAGAAGUAGAAAACAACAGGGAAAAUCGAAGUCUGUUUUUGUCACAGUUGGAACUACAAAAUUUGACAAGCUUAUUGAAACUGUAUGCAGUGCCAGUACUUUAAAAUGUCUGCAGAUGCUUGGGUAUCAGGAAGUGCUGCUGCAGAUUGGAGCUGGUGAGUUUGAGCCGGGAAAGUCCGAGGUACAGGGUAUCUCUGUUGACUAUUACAAGUUCAAACCAUCCAUCAAAGGAGAUAUUGAGUCCGCUGAUCUUGUCAUUAGUCAUGCAGGAGCAGGUAGUUGUCUAGAGACUUUAGGUGCAGGAAAGAAACUUCUUGUUGUGAUCAACGAUGAGCUCAUGGGGAAUCAUCAGCUAGAGCUGGCUUAUCAGUUACACAAAGAUCAGCAUCUGUAUUACUGUACAUGCAGAAAUCUGGUAGAAACGUUGGAAACUGCCGACUUUAACAAAUUGGUGCCAUUCAAGCCAGGGAAACCAGAAAUAUUUGCACAAUUUCUUGACAAAAUGAUGGGAUUUACCUGACAAGAUAUUUCAGAAGAUUAACAUACAACUACGCUUGAUGUACACUGUCUUAUGUCUGAUUGGUUCUGGAACUGAAACACACUUUGUAACAUGUAACCAUCUGUAACUGCAUCAGGCCAUCAAACUAUUUUUGUUAUUUAUACACUGUUGCUAUAUUAAGAGAUAUCAUUUCCAGUAUUUCGUUACUCGCAUAUUUUGCAUAAUAUUCCUAUGUGUUAGGUUAUUUAAGGUUAUUGACUGUACGUGUUGGUUGGUCUACGGUGUAACGUUACAUAUAUUUUAAUUUUUUUGUAAACAUAGAGAGUAAUUUAUCUCGCCUGCUACAAAUUUCUUGCAUUUCUUUUGGUCAAUAGACAACGUGCAGACAGAAUAUAUUCUAUAUCCUGCUAGUAAUUUUUCAAUUUUGAUUAAAACAAAAUGGCUGCCCCAUUGCUUGCGUAAUCAAAUCAAGUCAGAUUGUAAGUUCCAGCUAUAGAUAUCGUUUCCGAGAGUAAAUUCUAAUAGUGUU